UUUUAAAAUGGUUACCCUUUUAAAAAUCAAUUAUGAAAUCUCAGGUUUGUUUACUGCUAUAUAUUGUGAUCGCAAUUCUUAGUGAAUCGGCAAAGAGUCAGUUCCUGUCCGCACUUCUGCCAAACAAACUCUUCAAUGUCUUUAAUACACAAAAUCAACGGCAAAGCAGUUCAUCUAACUCUCAGUCCUCCUCUAUGUUUUCCUCUAUGUCCUCAGUGGACACCGUAAACAAUAUACCAUUGAUUUCAUCCAUAUUUAGUCAGAAUAGUUUAGCCAAUGGUUUGGGAGGAAUCUUACUGAAUGGCAACACAAAUAACCUGCUAAAAGAUGGACUUCAAAAAAUAUUGAACACCAAUAAAAAUUCCCAUGAUGACUUUACCCAAUCCAGUUUCCAAUUCAACCCCUUUAAGCAAAUGCUUGGAUUCAAUGAGCCUAUAUUUGAGAUCAGCUCUAUGUUUAAUCAGCACCAAAAUCAGGCACAAUAUGCCGGCGAUAAUCAAGUGUUGGAUCUCAAGAACCUAAUCAGCGGUAUUGUCAGCACAACCAAAAUGAACAGUCAGUUGUUUGAUAAGACUAUCGAAGAUAUAGUCUUAAGUAAUGGGAGUUAUGUUGCGCUCAAUCAGAGUCUCAAGACUUCUGUUUCGAAAAUCAAUGGCAAUCAUAAAAAGAACAAUAAAAAUAUUAAUUCUAAUAAUGGCUUAACGACUCGUAUAACCACUAAUCGGAUGGCGUCCAGAGGCAAACAUGUUAUGCUUCUUAAUCCAAUGCCAAACCAUAACACUAUCAAACGACGGGAUUCUUCGACCAAAUCCAUUCAGGGACUGAAUUUAACAAUGACUACAAAACUUACGCCUCCAUCGAACACGACAUCCAAUGUGGAGAUAAUUGAAAACAAAAUCAUAUCUACUUUAGCCGACACUAAGCUGAAAAAUGUGAAGUACCUGUUCAACAAAACCAAAACUAACAACCGCUUAAUUACAUACAUCAUCAAAAAGAAGCACAUGAACAAAGAGCUGAACAACGCCACCACCACUACAACCACGACCACCACUGAGACAACAACCACAUCGACGUCAACAACCACUGAAAACCUCGAAAUGGAGAGAAAAAAGAUCAUAGAUUUGGCCGACGAGUGGAUGGCGAGAGUGAAGAAUGUGACCAAAAAUGUGAACUCUUUUGGCCUCAAAGUAAACACACUUCUCAGCGAUACUCAAUUGACUGCGUUGUCGGACCGGAAAUUACUUGAAUUAAAGGAUUUAAUGAGAAAUUUUCGACUUAACCGCAAACCACAGGAAAUACUGAAUCCACAAAACAUGGUGAAGAAGUUGGAGGACACGGCGUAUUCAACUAUAUUUACCAAUAAUAAUGCUAACUAUAGUUUGAUUGAAGCGAAAACUAACGAUAAGGACGGCUCGUCUAACGUCGAGAUAUUUGCCGAGACUUUUGGCGCAGAAAAUCCCAAAGUUUAUCUCGUCAAAGACGGCUGAUUUUGCAGCAAUUAAUUACAAUUUAUUGUAUUAUAAAAUACUAUUUGAAAUACAAUUAAUAAACAUAUUUGUUGUGUUUAAAACAA